UAAUUGUCAUUUGUCAUUUCUCAGUUGCUAGUUUGCUACUUGCUUGUUUUUUUUAAAUUUUAAAUAAUAUUCUCGUGUUUAUAAGUCUUAAAUUUGAAUUUGUAACCUUGUGUAUUCGACUUCAAAGUGCUUUUGCUUUAUUACCUGUACUAAAUCUUUAACGUUUGAGUAAUGAGUCCUCUCAACUCUGGCUUUUAAGCAUCAGGUAUCAUGGUUAGCGUUAAGCAUUAGACAAAAUUUUGACAAGGUUUUGAAUUUUAAUUUUUAUCAAUCUAAAGCUUGCACCUUGUGAUAAUCAAUAAAAUUUGUUAAUAAAACUUUGGAGACUAGGAAUGAGAACUGAAAAUUAUAUUUACUACAUAACUUAGCUAGUUAUUGCUAAGUUUGAAACACUAAACAAUAAACUCUUGACACAUAUAACUUUUAAGAUGAGCAACAAUGUAGAAUAUGUCCAAAUAAAAGACUUGAAGCCCAAUAUGAAGAAUAUAAAUGCAAUUUUUAUUGUGCUGGAAGUGGGCCCGCCGACAUUGACGAAGGAGGCGCGCGAGGUGCGCACAUUGCGCGUGGCCGAUGCGAGUGCAUCAGUAAAUCUAUCCGUCUGGGACGAGCCGGGUGCGCUUUUGCAGCCCGGUGACAUCGUGCGCCUCACGCGCGGCUAUGCCUCGCUAUGGCGGCAGGCUCUGACUCUCUACUCAGGAAAGUCGGGUGAUAUCCAAAAAGUUGGAGAGUUCUGCAUGUUGUUCAAUGAGCAGGUGAAUAUGAGUGAGCCACAACCAGCUCCGACACCACCAGCUACUACUCCUGCUGUACCAGCCCCUGCAGCUUCUGCACAACCUGCUUCUGACCGUUAUAACCAAGCAACGGAGCACAGUGGUCCUGGGAAGCACCCACACCGAACCUAUGUACGUGGUCGGGGACACCAACGUGGAAACAACCGAAGGUAGCCCUCGCCUUGGCACAUGGUUGUGAAUAAAUAAAAUGGUUCUUAAUAGUACUUCUUUAAAUUUAUCUUUAAUAAAAUGUGUAUAUAAAAAAAGUUAUCAUAUUAUUUACACUAAAAUUAUUGUGGUUUUGUCAAGUGCUUGCAUACUAUAAUUUGUGUUUUGUUUCCAUUUGAACUUUUAAGUUUUAUGUUAUUAUGUAAAGCUCACAAUGUCCAAAUAUGGUAAAUGUAAGUUGUAGUAAUGGUGUUGACUAUUGUUAGUAUAUACAUUUUUACAUGUAAUUGUAUUUCAAUUAUAUUACCAGUUUCAUUAUAAAUCUGGCAUGAAUUGUAGCUUUAAGCAGUGUUAGUCUUGAGCGUUCUCGUCCUGAUCAUGUAUGAUACUUUUUUUCUUUAUUCAAAUAACAUUUCUUCAAAUGGUGAAGGUAAUAAUUGUGGGGUGGGUCUGUAAAUCUAUGACAUACCUUCCGCCACUACCACCUACUUUUGCAAAAAGAGAAUAAAAAGCACUGGUAGGUGGUGGUCAUUAAUUUUAUUAGUUAAUUGGAACUGCACUUACUUCUAGUGUCUAUUAAUAUUAAGUUUAAUUUAUGUAUACUAUUAUAAUUUAGUUUAAUUUAUGUAUUAUAUUUGAAAAGUGUAAUUAAAUGUGAUGUCUGUUACUAUUCAUUUGCAUUUUUAAAUUAGAUCAAUUAACAGUCCUAGUUAAAAAUGUUACAUUCACUCUGACCUAUAUUCAUCUUGUAAAUUUAUUUUAGACGUCCUUCAUAUGUCAAGUGAUUAGGAUAUUAAACAAAAUAUUAAAUUAAAGACAUACAAUAUCA